AUGGAGGCCAUGAACACCCGAGCCGUCGUUGAUGACAAGCCGGUCGAUGGCAAGUCGAAGUCCCCAAAGACCAUAAGUCUGGGGGUUGGGGUCCCGCUCUUCCUCGAGCUGCCCGGACGGCUUCUCCUGGUCAGGAGGAAGGCAGCCCUGAGUCCCCGCUCGGUGCCAAGAGGGUCCCAGGCGGAUGCAGAGCUGGACGGGGAUCCUCUUGGCAAAGGGGGAGAAGCCUCCCCCCACGGAGGUGGAGAAAAAAGUGGAAAUUUUAAGCUGUCCCGCCUCCAAGUCCUCCCAAACUUUGGGGGAAGCAGGGAGCGAGGAUCCCCGGUGGCCUCUUCCCAAGAGUGGGUGGGGGAGGGAAAGGAUCCCGGCCACUCUGGACUCCGCCCGGCUGGGAAAGAGGCACUUCCCAGGACGCGGAGGAGGCGAGGAAAGGAGCGACUAGAGCGUCUCGGGCCCCCUCCCAGGGCGGAAAUGGGGCCAGAAAAGGCGGGGAGACGGAUUCGUGGGGCCUUUCUAGGAAUCUCUUGUCGUUCUUCCUCCCUCUCUGUGGUUUCCCCACUUGCGGCGUUUUGGGCGGCUGUGCCAAUUCUUCGUUUGCCGGCAAGGCUGCUCCUGGGUCCCGCUCCGGGCAGGUGCAACCAGGAAAACCUUUGGAGGAAGCUCUGCUUGCAGGAUCCCAUCUGGCUCAGUCACCAGGACCAGAAGUUUCGUCUUCUCAGCUUUUGGACUCGUUCUGGAGCUCAUCCUCCUGCCCAUCUUCCAACCUUUUGGCCAAAGUUCUGCUUGUUACAGUUUCCUUGGAUUGAAAGCUGUGGACGUGAGCAGCCCCUGGAAACUAUGCAGAGGGAGGAACACUUUGGCCAAAGGUCCCUUCAGAGGAAUCUGGGGAGACUCUACAAAUGCUCCAAGUGCGAGAAAUCCUUUGCUCACCGGUCCCUCCUUUUGAUCCACCGGAAGCUGCAUACGGGGAAUGGAUCCCACCUGUGUUUUCAUUGUGGAAACUCCUUUCCUGGAAUGUGGAGCUUUGCCAAACAUCUCCGGAGCCACCCUGGACUGAGGCCUUAUAAAUGCGGAGAGUGCGGGAAGCGUUUUGCUAAAGGAUCGGACCUUGGAGCCCAUCAGCGAAUCCACCAGGGAAAGAGAUCUCAGGAAUCCUGGAAGCGCUGGGGAAGAUUUCCUGGGAGACGGCGUCUUUCUAGGCCUCAGAAGAGCCCGGCUGAAGAGAAGCCCUGCAAGUGUGUGCAAUGUGGGCUGUGCUUUUCUCAAAACUCACAGCUGCUUAAACAUCAACAAAUCCACGCCAGAGAGAAACCUUAUCAAUGUCUUGAGCGUGGGAAAUCUUUCCGUUAUAAACAAUUAUUUAGAAAACAUGAGAUUAUUCACACAGGGCAGAGUCCUUAUAAAUGCUUGAAGUGUGGAAAAUGUUUCACUCGGAGCUCAUCUCUUUGCCAACAUAAUAAAACACACACAAAGGAAAGCAAAACGUGCCUAGAAUGUGGGAAAUCUUUUUCUAACAAAUCAUGCCUGCUGAAUCAUCAGAGAACUCACACUGGAGAAAGACCCUAUGAAUGCCUAGAAUGUGGGAGAUGUUUUGGUGAAAAGUCAACACUAAUGCGACAUCAAAGAAUUCACACUGGGGAAAGACCCUAUCAAUGCCCAGAAUGUUUGAAAAGAUUUGUGGAAUCUGCUACACUUCGGAGACACCAAAGGACACACACGGGAGAAAAACUAUACAAAUGUAAUGAUUGUGAUAAAUUUUUUUCUCGGAAGAUAACUCUUGUUCAACAUCAGAGUAUCCAUACAGGGGUGAAGCCCUUUAUGUGCAUCGAGUGUGGAACAUUUUUCCGUACAAUACAAAGCCUCCAAAGUCAUGAGAAUGUUCACAGAGGGGAAAAAAUAUUCAAAUGUUUAGACUGUGGGAAAUUAUUUGGUCGUCCAUCAACCCUUAGAAUUCACUGCCAAAUCCAUACGGAUGAGAAACCCCACAAAUGCCCACUGUGUGAGAAAUCUUUUGUCUGGAAACAUGGACUUGUGCUGCAUCAGCGAAGCCACUUUGAGAAGCAAUAUAAAUGUCCGGAGUGUGAGAAAACUUUCCAUUGCAAAUAUUAUCUUAGAAAACAUGAGAGGAUUCACAAAGGAGAGAAACCUUUCAGGCGUGUGCAGAAAAAUGAAAAAUGCCCAGAAUGUGGGAAAUGUUUUGGCACAAAGUCACACCUAAUUCGACAUCAGAUACUUCACACCGGAGAAGGACCCCAUCACUGCCCAGAAUGUGGGAGAUGUUUUGGCACAAAGUCACAACUAAUUCAACAUCAGAGACUUCACACCGGAGAAAGACCCUAUCAAUGCCCAGAAUGUGGGAGAUGUUUUGGCACAAAGUCACACCUAAUUCGACAUCAGAGACUUCACACUGGAGAAAGACCUUAUCAAUGCCCAGAAUGUGAGAAAACAUUUGUGGAGUCUGCUGAACUUCGGAGACAUCAGAAGGGACACACAGGAGAAAGGCCCUGUAAAUGUGCGGAGUGUGGGAAAGGUUUUCCCACAGAAACACGACUACGGGCUCAUCAGAGAAUCCACACGGGGGAGAAGCCAUACCUGUGUGUGGAAUGUGGGAAAUGUUUUUCCCGAAAACAACACCUUGCAAGGCAUCAAAAGGUCCAUACGCGAGUGAAGCCAUAGAGAUGCAUAGAGUGUGGUAAUGUUUUGCUCAAAAGCGAGACAUCAGGAAAAUCAUAUGGAAAAAGCCCUUAUAGGCCCAGAUGGUAGAACAGUUUUUCAUAGUUGUUCAACUAGAAUUUAGAAGUCAUAUAAGAGUUCAUAAACGGGUGGGGGGGGGUUAGAAACUCUGAGAUUGUGGGAGAGCAUUUUCUUGUCAAUCGUCCCUUAAAAAUCACACUCCAGUCCAGAGAUGCAGUCAAAUUGAAAAGGAUCUAUUAAGAUGGGGAAAAAAUACAAUUGUCAUCGAUUAUAGAAGUUCUAUAAUUAAAAGGAACUAUAUUACUAGACUGAUGUUUCUGUUUUAAACAAUACCUAUGCGGACAAUGGGUGCACCACAUAAGCAAUGACAGGAAGGUAUAUCUAAGUUUAUAUGGCAGGAGAAAAACCAAGAGUUUAAUUUAAAACUGUUCAAGAUCAAAGAGAAAGAGGAUGAUUAGGAUUCCCUGAUUAAAUUUUUUAUUUUGCAGCCUGUUUGCUUUGGAUGAAAGAGUGGUUAUUGCUGAAAAAUAAGAGGAUAUUAAAUUGGGAAGGCUUUUUUAUGAUUCUUCUUCGAGAAUACAAACAUAGGCAGUGCCCCAAAGCAAUUUUUUUUUAAAAAAAAAUUCUUUUAAUACAAACAUUCCAUCUUACGUUAGACAGUGUGUCCUCUGCGUAUAAAAUUCUUCAUGUCUUAACAAAUAAACUUACCACCAUAUUCAUUUCUUACAUUCAUUCUUAUAUUAAUACUAAAUAAUAAUACUGAUAAAAUAACAUAAAGCUAACACUUGUCUUCUUUACUUAUCUAUUUUUACAAUAAAUAGAAUAGAAUAGAAUAGAAUAGAAUUUUAUUGGCCAAGUGUGAUUGGACACACAAGGAAUUUGUCUUGGUGCAUAUGCUCUCAGUGUACAUAAAAGAAAAGAUACGUUCAUCAAGGUACAACAUUUACAACACAAUUGAUGAUCAAUAUAUCAAUAUAAAUCAUAAGGAUUGCCAGCAACAAGUUAUAGUCAUACAGUCAUAAGUGGAAAGAGAUUGGUGAUGGGAACUAUGAAACGAUUAAUAGUAGUGCAGAUUCAGUAAAUAGUCUGACAGUGUUGAGGGAAUUAUUUGUUUAGCAGAGUGAUGGCCUUUGGGAAAAAACUGUUCUUGUGUCUAGUUGUUCUGGUGUGCAGUGCUCUAUAGCGUCGUUUUGAGGGUAGGAGUUGAAACAGUUUAUGUCCAGGAUGCGAGGGAUCUGCAAAUAUUUUCACGGCCCUCUUCUUGAUUCGUGCAGUAUACAGGUCCUCAAUGGAAGGCAAGUUGGUAGCAAUUAUUUUUUCUGCAGUUCUAAUUAUCCUCUGAAGUCUGUGUUUUUCUUGUUGGGUUGCAGAACCGAACCAGACAGUUAUAGAGGUGCAAAUGACAGACUCAAUAAUUCCUCUGUAGAAUUGGAUCAGCAGCUCCUUGGGCAGUUUGAGCUUACUGAGUUGGCGCAGAAAGAACAUUCAUUCUCCAACCAUUGAUAAAAUAAGUCCCAUAUAUGGUAAUAUUCUGAUUCUUCCUUUUCUUGAAUUGCAAGUGUUAAUCUGUUCAUUUCUGCACAUUCUAAUAUUUUGUUAAAUCAGUUUUUCAUCUAUAGGGAUCUCUUCGCUUUUCCAAUUUUCUGCAAAUGCAAUUCUAGCUGCAGUUAUGAAUAAUCAAUGAAUAAUCAAAUAUACAGUUUCUUUAUUAUAAAUUCCCAGUAAAAUCCCCAACAGGAACAAUUCCAGUUUUAAAUCAAUACGUUGUUGCAUCACCUUCUCCAGCCAAAUACAAUUUUUUGCCCAGUAUCUAUUUGCUUCCCCACAUGUCCACCACAUAUGAUAAUAUGACCCAGAUUUCUUGGCAUUUCCAACAUUUAGUUGAUUUAUCUUUAAACAUUUUGGCCAGUCUUUCUGGUGCUAAGUGCCACCUGUAAAACAUCUUAUAUAGGUUUUCCUCGUAUGCAGUUGACAAUGUUAAUUUGUAACUCCUAUCCCAUAGUUGCUGCCAUUUAUCUAGCUCUAUCGUGUGACCAAAGUUUUUCACCCAUGCUAUCAUUGUUUCUUUGACUUGUUCUUCUAAUUUAAUGCUCAAUAAAUAACUACAAUUUUUUUUAUCAUUCUCUCUUUUAUUUCUGUCAAUAUCUUAUCCAAUUCUGUCAGUUCCAUAUAAAAACCAUAAAGUUUAGAAUCCUUUUCAUAUCUAGAUUGCAUUUGCAACUGUGUGUACCAAUCCAUAUCAAUCCCCUGCUUUUCCAAUUCACAUUUCAUUUUAAGUUCCCGCUUAUCUGACAAAACAUCUUUGUAUCUAACGAUAUUUCCCAUAUUAAUAAUAUUUGGAUGUAUAAGUGCUUCCAUCGUCAAAAGCCAGACUGGUAUCUUUUUUUUUAUAAAAAGUUUUUAAAAACAAAACAAAACCCACAUACAAAUCUUUGUUGAACAAGAUAUCAGUCGGGUACAUACUUAAACAUAUUUCAAAUUUCAUCCCCUCAUUGUAUCAUUUAUCCAAUAUUUUUCCCUCUUCAAAUUUUAUAAUAACCCAUUUCUUUUAAAACAUUUAUUCCAUCCCUUUAUCCUGAAAAAUAUUUGAUCAAAUCUAAUUCCCAUAUUUUUUGUCCCUUUUCUUGCCCCUCCCUUUCAAGAAACAAAAUACAGCUCAAUUAUCUGUAAUAUUUAUCGAAGACCUAUAAUCAAAAAAUAAAAUAAAAGCAAGACAGGUCAAAUUCUCUCCUGUCUUAAAUCUCACCUUAGUUAAAAGGUCACCCAUCACUUAUUUGUUUCAAAAUCCCAUUCCAAGUAAAAAAAAAAGAGAGAAACAAUUAAAAUAGUAAAAAACAAGCAUUAUCCCACUUCUCAUAUAAAAACAAAUUAAAAGUAUUAAAAGCCAAGUAAAAAUCUCUCCUGCCUUAACUCUCACCCUAAUUGAAAGGUCUCCCAUCACUUAUUUAUGUCAAAAUUCCUUUCCAAAUAAAAAAGCAUCAAAUAGAUCACAAAAGCAAAUUAAAAAAGAACACAUUUCUCACCUAUUGCUCAUGUUCAGCUAGUUAUAUUGGAGGUUUAACUCCAAAUAAAAAGGAACAAAUAAAAACAAAGUAAAAAUCUCUCCUAUGAUAAAACAAAAAUAAAUAAAUAAAUAAAAAUUUCUCCUAUCUUAAGCCUUACCUUAAUUAAAAAAUCCCCUAUCACUUGUAUUAUUUCAAAAUCCCAUUCCAAGUGAAAAACAUUAAAAUGAUAAAGUAAAAAAAAAAAGAAAGGAACAAACAGUAUCUCAUUUCUCACGCAUUAAUCAUAUUCAAAUCUUCUACUUAAAAGCUUUAUUUUCAGAUUUUUUCAGUU